GCUCACUCACCGCAAAUUCCUCUCGGGCGAUACUUGACCGUCUGUGCCCAUUACUUGGGCUAUGGCUCAGGAAGACGUGUCUCCGGAGAUGAUGCUCGCUUCUUACAAGCGGCUCUAUCCCUGGCGAUGAGCAACGGCGGGCAAGUACUCUCGUCAGAAGCGAAAUGUGAUGACCCCAAGAAAGAGGCAAGGGCGGAAAAAGGGAAAGGGAAAACGAGUUACUCUUUUCCUUUCGCUGCACGGUGCUUUCUGAAAAAAAAAACAGAUACUAGGAAAGCUUGAAAGCCGCAAUGCAAGAGAUCGUGCUACAGUAUACCUAUCUACGCCUUAAUGCUGAAGUCUCGAAGCACCGCAAACACUUGCUCAAGGCAACCUUCUGUGUGCACCCCAAGACAGGCCGAAUUUGCGUUCCCGUCGACCCAAGCGCGAUAGACAGCUUCAGGCCCGAGCGCGCGCGUGCCCACAAACCGUCGAUGAAGCCGUACGUUGAGAUGCUCGACAGGCACGUCGCUGCGCUCAUGGAAGAGGUGAGGCGCGCGAAGCGUGAGCUGGCCCAGAUUGAACGUGGUGAAGCUUGAGACACUCUACGGUUUACAUGUCCCGUUGCCGCAUUAUCCGCGCAUUCAGAAAACGAUUGUCGUCUUGAAACCACAAAUCCGAAACUCUCUUAUACAACUGCGGUUUGAUCGGGCGAGACGACCGUGACCCCGUUAUUCAAUUUUGUACCUGGCUCCCUGGGCCCUGGUCCCUCAUGGUGGUAGCUCAGCUACCAGGAAAUGAUUGUCGACAUGAUGAGUCUCAGUCUGCACAAGCG